CUAUUUGUAGGAACUAUUACUGAUGCCAUGCCAACAAAAACAAAGAAGAAAACAGGAGCGGCAAUUAAGGCAGUGGACACUUCAGUGCUGAAGAAAUUUCUGAAAAGAUACGAAAAUCAUUGUGCCCAGUGCCAGUCAACUGCCAGCCCCACCAUCACCCAAGCACUCAAAAAAUGUAUCCAAAAUGGAUCCAGUUACCUCAAAAUUAUCCUGUCCUGCCCUGGGAACCCUUCAGACAGCUCAGCUUCGGUUUUAUUAAGGCCACUACUUAUGACAAUCCGGGAUGAACGAUAUAUGCUUGGGACAGACUUGUGUUUGUGGGGAAUCUCACUCAGUAACCAGGAUGUUGCCAGUCUUGCCAUAUUGUUGGAGCUGAGUGGAAGAACCUCCUAUCCAUUUGUAAAACUCGAAGCUAUAGAUUGUGGGAUGGAUGUAUGGUCGGUGGAGAGGCUGGGGAAAGCCAUAAAAUGCAGCCAGUUAACAUCUGUAACCUUGGAUUACAAUGAGUAA